CGAUUAUGCUAAUGUCGUUUUCAUUCGAAUGUUUGAGGUGGUCGCGAGUGAUGAUAAACUGUGAGAAGUGAUCAAACUUUUAAUAAAUGUACAAAUGCAUUCAAAAAUUUAAUGGAUUAACUUUGUUAACAAAGUUCGUUACAUUUAAAUGGCGAUAGUGUUGUAGAGACACAAGUACUAAGUGAACUGUUAUCGGAACUGUUACAAAUAACUCUCAAAAUGGAAUCUCAAAAUCUCAGUUUAGCGCGUACAUUAUCUGACGGUGUUAGUGAAGACCCGUUUGACUAUGAGACUUCUUUCGCGGAUAUUGUGUGGUCUGCCCUCAGCACUACGACCGUAUUCGUGAUAAUAAUCUUCAUAGUUACUUGCAUUAGAGUACUUAUUAUGGGACAAAAAACGCGCAGUCCGCAGCAGAGGCGAAUGUAUGUGGGGUCCCGGGCGCGGCCUUCGCUGGGCCAACCAGAACCCACUAUAUACGUCAGCCCUUCCAAUUUGCCACCCCCACCCAAAUAUGAAUGCAUGGCGCCGCCCAGCUACGAGGAAGUGGUAGGAGUCCACUACCCUCAGUUCCAAGCUCAGCCAAUCACGCAGCCGAUCACAUCAGCGCUCGCGCAAUCCUCCUCAGAUACCACCACAGUCACCACCAUCUCCGAGACCAGAAGCAACGAUAACGCAACCAGAAGCGAUGACGCAAUAACUGUUCCAAGAACGGUUCCAGUAGCUACUAGCUCCUCGUGAUAAAUAACCGUUAUUCAACUGUCGAGUCUUCCAGUAUAGCUGGCAGGUGACUUCGCAUUUUAAAAGUUUACUAGUCUGAACGAUUUCGUGAUGUAUUUGAAAGAAAUGUUUAAGGGAAUGGGUCUUGAUAUAGAUGCCUUAAGAGUUUGUGAUAAUCGUUGCUAAUCCAUUACGUUAAAAUAACGCGUUGUAGAUUUAACUGUAACCGUUUUUUUUAGACGAAGUUAGUUUUUUGAUUGUUUCAACUAGAAAUGAAAUAGUGUAUUGUUUGUAAAUAUUAUUUCUAGUUGCGAACAAGGCUUGGGACCAAAAUGUAACUUUUGACAACGAUGUAAGUUCUGUGCUGUUUCAGUUUUUACCAAAAAUAUUCCGUCUUCAUAGAGGACGCAAGACUGAGUGUGGUUGGUAAAAAUAAUCACGAAAAUUGAUGUUAUACAUUGUUUCAGCAAUUCCUUUUACAAUGGAAUUACUGAAACGAUAAUUAUUGAUCAAAUGUUGGCUGUUGGAUCAAACAUUUGUUGAUUUGUUGUUUGAGCGAAUGUUUGACUGAUAGCUGAUAAAACUUAUGUAUAUAUUUUUGAUGUACCUAAUAAACGUUAUAUUUUAAUAUAAAUUUAAUUUAGUUUAAGGAC